UCUCUUCAAAACAUCAUGUCCGAUCCCAAACCACUCAUCGAGAGCGACUUCUUUGCGGACCCCAGCGGCCGGGUUUUCAACGGCAGACUUUAUGUUUAUCCGUCUCACGAUCGCCAAACAGACAUUCCCGACGACGACAAUGGCAGCCAGUAUGAUAUGGCUGAUUACCAUGUGCUGUCGAUGGGGGAGAUCGGAGGUAAAGUGACGGAUCAUGGGAAGAUUUUUGGGUUGGAAGACGUUCCGUGGGCGGCGAAGCAACUCUGGGCUCCAGACUGUGGGUUCAAGAACGACAAGUACUUUUUCUACUUCCCAGCCAGGGACCACGAUGGCAUCUUUCGCAUCGGCGUAGCCAUCGGCGACAAACCCGAAGGUCCUUUCAAACCAGAACCCACGGCGAUUCCAGGAAGCUACAGCAUCGACCCGGCUGUACUGGUCGACGAUGACGGCGAAGCGUAUCUCUACUUCGGCGGGAUUUGGGGUGGCCAGCUCCAAUGCUGGCGCGGCUCCUCCUUCGACGCCGCCGCCUACGAAACAAUGGAAGCCAGCGGCGAUGAACCCGCCUUGAUGCCUCGCGUCGCCAAACUCAGCCCAGACAUGAAGUCCUUCUCCGGCUCCGUGCAAGAUCUGGUCAUCAACGACGCCGAUGGCAAGCCCCUCGCCGCCGACGACCACGACCGCCGCUUCUUCGAAGCCGCGUGGAUGCACAAAAAGGAAGACAAGUACUACUUCUCCUACAGCACGGGCGACACGCAUUACAUCGUCUACGCGAUUGGCGACUCGCCGGUGGGACCCUUCACGUAUGCGGGCAGGAUUCUCGAGCCCGUCCAGGGUUGGUCGACGCAUCAUUCGAUUGUGGAGUUUGAGGGAAAGUGGUGGUUGUGUUAUCAUGAUGUUUCGAUUUCAGGGAAGAAUCAUUUGAGAUCGGCGAAGAUCAGGGAGUUGAUUUAUGAUGAGGAAGGCAAGAUCAAGCUGGCACAGGCGCAGUCUUGA